GCUAGCUCAUUUUCUACGUCACUGGAUCGAUCGACAAAAUAUGUACAUACAGAUAAAACUGUUUUAUUUAGUUUCCGUCUUGUUUAAAGCCAACAUUGAGACAGAGGACCAUAUUGGAGCUACUUGUACUUCUUUUCGUCGGAGUCUUUAACAGCCAUUUCUUCAUCACAUCCAACCAUGCAGUACAGCUAUUUCUUCGUGCUGACCACAGCUUUGGUUGCUGUAUGGCUGUCCAACGGUGUCACAGACGCGGCUCUUCCACCAGUGCCCCUAAACGGUGGACCGUGCCCCUAUGACGAAACCGACGUCGACUCUUGCGGCAUGGGGUGUUGGUGUAGGGACGACUACGCAUACUGCGUAUCCCCCUAUCCCUGGCCGUAUGGUGGCCGCUGUUGGAUGCUGGACACGGACUUCAUCUGUUGUAGGAAUGAGUGGAGCGACCAGCACUGCGACUAUGUGGGGUUCGUGGAGGGGAGCAAUCAAAUGACCCUCUGUCCGUUCGAGUUCGACGCCGGACUUCCCCCCCUGGGGAAGUAGAUGGAGAUCUCUAACAAGUUACGCGCCAGCCUUGGCUAAUAGAAUCAAGAGAUCGAGAAAGCAAAAUAAAACGAGAAGUCGGAAGUUUCAGACCUCCCGAGAAUGUUUCGAGUACUAGUAUUCGUGAAUGUGUAUGAUGUAAUUUAAUCGGGUAUUCUACCACUUCUUGACAGCG